UGUAAAGGAAAUAACUGUGCUCACUAAAGACAUCAAUCAGGUUGGAUCCGUGAACAUUGUCCACUUUGUGCUUUGGAGCUUGACGGUGAAAGGGUAGAGGAGGAAAAAAGGUGCACAGUUGAAUGAUUGUUAAGUGAUAAUGCAAAUAUGCAAGGCAGCUGAAGUAAGUUUGCACAGCUAUCUCAUGACAUUUUCUAAUUUUCAAAAUCUUAAUUUUGCAACCCGAUAGUACUACUUUAAAAUGGAGGAGGAUCUAUGUGUAAAAUUCUAUUUACUUCACAUGCAACUGAAUGCUUCCAUAAAACAGCCUUCAGUAAAGCAGCUGGCCAGCAUGGUCCAACCUGAGAACAUACGUGGUGAAAACUGUUGGUCUUCGGGAAGUCUGGUUUUUUGGGCUACAGUAUGUGGACAGCAAAGGCUACUCAACUUGGCUGAAACUAAAUAAAAAGGUAACUCAGCAAGAUGUACGAAAAGAAAAUCCUUUGCAGUUCAAGUUCAGGGCCAAGUUUUUUCCAGAGGAUGUAUCUGAAGAAUUAAUUCAGGAAAUAACUCAGAGACUUUUCUUCCUGCAAGUCAAAGAAUCGAUCUUAAAUGAUGAAAUAUACUGCCCACCAGAAACUGCAGUUCUUCUGGCUUCUUAUGCUGUCCAGUCCAAGUAUGCAGAUUACAGUAAGGAGAUCCAUAAACUAGGCUACCUAGCCAGUGACAGACUUCUCCCCCAGCGGGUGUUAGAACAGCACAAACUGACAAAAGAACAGUGGGAAGAAAGAAUACAGAACUGGCAUGAAGAGCACAGGGGAAUGUUAAGAGAAGAUUCUAUGAUGGAAUACCUUAAGAUAGCACAAGACUUGGAAAUGUAUGGAGUCAACUAUUUUGAAAUAAAGAAUAAAAAAGGAACUGAAUUGUGGCUGGGAGUUGAUGCUUUGGGUCUGAAUAUUUAUGAGCAUGAUGAUAAGCUGACACCCAAGAUUGGUUUUCCUUGGAGCGAAAUAAGAAACAUCUCUUUUAACGACAAAAAAUUUGUCAUAAAGCCAAUUGACAAAAAGGCCCCUGAUUUUGUUUUUUAUGCACCCCGUCUGAGAAUUAACAAGCGAAUUUUGGCACUUUGUAUGGGAAAUCAUGAAUUGUACAUGAGGAGGAGGAAACCUGAUACAAUUGAAGUGCAACAGAUGAAGGCCCAAGCUAGAGAAGAGAAACAUCAGAAACAAUUGGAAAGGGCACAAUUAGAAAAUGAGAAGAAGAAAAGGGAGAUAGCAGAAAAGGAGAAGGAAAGAAUAGAGCGUGAAAAGGAAGAACUAAUGGAACGCUUAAGACAAAUUGAGGAACAAACAAUGAAAGCUCAGAAAGAGCUAGAGGAACAGACUAGAAGAGCUCUAGAACUGGAUCAAGAACGGAAGCGUGCAAAAGAGGAAGCAGAGCGCCUGGAAAAAGAGCGUCGAGCAGCUGAAGUAGCUAAAGCUGCUCUAGCCAAGCAGGCAGCUGAUCAAAUGAAGAACCAAGAGCAACUAGCAGCAGAAAUUGCUGAAUUCACAGCCAAGAUUGCACUUCUGGAGGAGGCCAAGAAAAAGAAAGAAGAGGAAGCUUCAGAAUGGCAGCACAAAGCUUUUGCAGCCCAAGAGGACUUGGAAAAGACCAAAGAAGAAUUGAAAUCUGUGAUGUCUGCUCCUCCUCCGCCCCCUCCCCCUCCAGUUAUUCCUCCAACAGAGAAUGAACAUGAUGAACAUGAUGAGAACAAUGCUGAAGCCAGUGCUGAACUGUCUUCUGAUGGUGUUAUGAAUCACAGGAGUGAAGAAGAACGGGUAACAGAAACACAGAAAAAUGAACGUGUUAAGAAACAGCUCCAGGCUUUAAGUUCUGAGUUGGCUCAAGCCAGAGAUGAAACCAAGAAAACACAAAAUGAUGUCCUUCAUGCUGAGAAUGUUAAAGCAGGCCGCGAUAAGUACAAGACUCUCCGACAAAUCCGACAAGGCAAUACAAAGCAGCGUAUUGAUGAGUUUGAAGCAAUGUGAGAGCUGUUAUUUUGCGUAUAUGUUCCUCGUAAAGCUGAACCACCAACUGAGAAAAAAAAGCAGGCCUUUGCAGAUUUGAUGGAUUGCACCCCACUUUGCCAAAGCACUUAAUACCAGGUUGACUACAAUGACUAGAAGACAAAUUUUUAGGGAAGCUAUUCCGCAGUAAGGCAGUCUAUCAACCCUAGGUUUUGGGGGGGAGGGUGCGGAGGUUAAUAGCACUUUUUUCUUCUUUGUGUUUUCAGUUUCUUUGCUUGUUUUUUGGUUUUUUUCCCCUUUGAAAACAGAUGUGAAGCAUAUAAUGACUGACAAGUGUGUAUAUUGCUUAACUUUAAGAAAUAGAAAGAAGAAUGGAACUGAACCUAAACUGGAUAGGUACUAUUUCAGUAUGAAGUUUUGAAAUUAGUUUUCAAUGUUAACUACACCAUUAAGAGUUUGAUAUUUGCUGACUUUCAGUUUUGGUUGUUUUUUCCUUGUUUUGGUUUUUGUUUUGUUUUGUUUUUGUGUUUUGUUUUUUUUGUUUUUUUUUUCCCAAGUGAAAUUCUUUGGUGUUUCAUAUCCUGUCAUCAUUGAUGGUUUUCUUUGCCUACCUGUUCACAAAGGUCUGGAUGGCAGGUGGUAGUUCCAGGAAAUGUUUUUAAAUGGAACACUACCUGUGGGCAGCACAUGGCUGCUGAUAGACUUGAGUAAGUAUUGAUUUCCUAGGUAAUUCUUUUAGAUGUGUAAAGUGUUCUAAUGCAGCAAAGAGGGAAAAAAAUAAACAAAACUUAAUGUGCAAUUUGCUUGUAAUUAUUUUAUUUGCAGUAGGGAGACCUGGACCUUUCUGGCAAGGGAGCAUAUGAAAACAUCAGUCCCAGGGAGGGGACAGUAUCCUACCUCACUACUAUGUACAUGAUGACCGGUCCUUCAAACACCAUGAAAAAACUGUUUAAAUUGACUAUCGCUACACAGUGAAUAGUCAAUUGCUAGGAGCCUUUACUCCUAGGAUUUUAUUUUACUUUAGGAUGGAUUUAUAGUGCUAAAUACUGUCUAACUGCCUUCUGUUGAGUUUAAAUUGUGAAAACAUCUGAUGUAUUUUAAAGCUGUAACCUGUCACUGGUAUACUAUCUUCUGGGAGGGGUGUAGAAUGUGCAUGUCAGUCAGCUUGGGUUUCCAAAUACAAAAUGAAAGUUCCCAGAAUUGGAGUAGAAGUGUUGUAGCUUCAGUUUUCAGUGAAGCUAGUAUUGUAAUUGUCAUAUCUGAUGUCAGAUCAUUAAGUCCUUUCCCUCUUGAAAAGGAGACCUGCUUUUUUGAGAAAUUUGCUUAUAAAUUGAACUUUAAUAACAACUUUACAGUUAAUGUGGACUGCAGUUAUCCCUUAUGUUAGAGAACUCUACUAAAUACCUACAGUGGAAGAACCUAACUUUCUCUGAGGAUGGUUCAGCUUUUAUUCCUGUUUGAUAUUAUGCACUCAUAAAUUUACACUUAUCUAUUAAAUUUUGCCAUUUUAUUAAACUUUUUUUUCAUGCACAAUAGGUUUAAAUUUCUUACAAACAGUCCAACUAAGUUUUUUUUAUUUUGUGGAGUAAAAGUUUGGCUAUGUGGGGUGACAUCAUGAAAAUUAAAUAAAGAUACAUUAAUAUAUUUUUGGUUUGUGGGGCUAAACAUAUCUGCUUCACCUUGAAGACUGAUGUGCAGAUGCUGUGCACAUGCUUCAAAAUGCUGCUUGGUGGAAGUUGGUGUUUCAACUUGCAGUGCAUUGUAAGAACAGUUUUUGUUUCAUAGGCUUCAUACACCGAAGCUUAAGCAAAUUUCUGAAGUAUUCAAACAGUUUGCCAUAGCAGGUGAAAUACUGUGCUUCCAGUGAGUUUUCAUUUUUCCCUGGAAAGUGUGCACUAACACUGAUACAUCAGUUUCAGUGUUGGGAAGAAACACCAGUAAAGUUUAUUGUUCAUAAAUCUACAACAUAUAGGGUAGGGCUAAAUGAAUUAGAUCCAUUUAUAAAGCUGUGUGAUUCUUUUUGGUUUUUUUUUUUUUGUUUGUUUUGUUUUUUAAAAUCUAAACAACCAGGAACAACCAUUUGUAAUACAGACUUUCACAAUGAACAAAGUGGUAAUAGCUGCUGUCACCAGCAGUUGGGAACACUUACUGGUGCAGAAAUACUAAGAAUACAUUUAAUGAUUACUUGGUGAAGUAAUUUUCCACAUGCUUUUUCCUUUAGCAUCAUGUUUUUGUGUUGUACAAUUAAGCUACAAUUACAUCUACUAUUUUGGAUAACAUUCAUUGGUUAACAAUAAAGAGAUAAAGUUAA